UUCAAGAAGAAUGACGAAUCGUGGAAAACGGGGAGAGGUGGCAACACCAGGACCACCUCGUGGGAGCCAACGUCUCCCUCUUGCACCUGUGCGGGUGGGAGAAGGGGGCAGGAGGCAGGGUACAGAUGGAGGCGGUGAUAAAGGAGCAAGGUCACGGAGAUAAGCGCGGAUAUAAGAGGCGAUUGCUAGACGACGGCGCACAUCAGUCGCCUGUUGCCUCGACCGCGGUCAGCAUCUCUCUCUCUCUCGCCAUGAUCUAUCUACUACUCGCCGCCCUCGUGGGUGGUGCCGUGGCGGCUCCCUUGGGAGGAGGAGGAGACCACAUUGUGGGUGGCGUGGAGUGCGUCCCCCACUCCCAAGCGUGGCAGGUGUCCCUCAACAUCGGCUACCACUUCUGUGGCGGCUCCCUCAUCAGCGACGAGUGGGUUGUGUCCGCUGCUCACUGCUACCAGACCGCGUCCCGUAUCUCCGUGCGCAUCGGCGAGCACAACAUCUUCGCUAGCGAGGGCACCGAACAGUGGAUCCAGGCCUCCAAGGCGAUCCGUCACCCGGGCUACGUCUCCAGCACCAUCGACAACGACAUCAUGCUGGUGAAGCUGGCCAAGCCGGCCACGCUCAACGCAUACGCGCAGCCCGUGGCCCUGCCCACCGCCUGCGCAGCCGUGGGCGUCAUGUGCACCAUCUCGGGCUGGGGCGAGACCGAGACUCCCAUAGGCAGCCCGGACGUGCUGAUGUGCGUGGAGGCGCCGGUGCUGAGCGUGGCGGACUGCGAGUCCGGCUACCCGGGAGACAUCACGGACAACAUGGUGUGCCUGGGGUACAUGGAGGGCGGCAAGGACUCGUGCCAGGGAGACUCCGGAGGCCCCGUGGUGUGCAACGGGGAGCUGCAGGGCAUCGUGUCGUGGGGACGCGGCUGUGCGGAACCCAACUACCCGGGAGUCUACACCAAGGUGUGCAACUACAACGCCUGGAUCGCCGACACCAUGAGCGCCAACUAGGCAUGCGGGCACCACAUGGGAACCAUCUACCCCGACAGCAUGAGAACCAUCUACCCCGACAGCAUGGGAACCAUCUACACCGACAGCAUGAGAAACAUCUACACCGACAGCAUGAGAACCAUCUACCCCGACAGCAUGAGAACCAUCUACACCGACAGCAUGAGAACCAUCUACCCCGACAGCAUGGGAACCAUCUACACCGACAGCAUGAGAAACAUCUACACCGACAGCAUGAGAACCAUCUACCCCGACAGCAUGAGAACCAUCUACACCGACAGCAUGAGAAACAUCUACACCGACAGCAUGGGAACCAUCUACACCGACAGCAUGAGAAACAUCUACACCGACCUCAUGAGAACCAUCUACACCGACAGCAUGGGUACCAAACACACGGAUACCAUGAGAACCAACCACACGGACUUUUUUUUUUGAGGCUGAGGUGAUCGAGAGGAGGCCCAUGACCGGUUCAGAUCAUUGUCACUGCUCGUGGUGGCCGUACACACACACACGCGCGCUCACACGCACGGAAGCACACGUUGCGUCUCUGAGUUCACGUGGCCGCUGUUCACUUGUCGAUAAUAAAAACCUCAC